AUGGCUGCUUCGAAGGACACUGGUCCUAACUCUACCAUCACCUUAGACUCAGGUAACAAGAUACCACAACUCGGCUUCGGGGUGUAUCAGUCUCCCGCCGAAGUUACUGAAAGAACAGUCAGGAUCGCCUUGGAAGCUGGUUACAGACACAUUGACUCAGCUCAAUGGUAUUUUAACGAAGAACAAGUUGGAUUGGCUGUCCAGGCUUCAGCGUUCCCUCGGGAGUCUGUCUUCAUCACCACCAAACUCGGUCACGCAGACCGCAUUCCUGAGCUAUUAGAAGAAAGCGUCUCCAAGGUUGACCCUCGCCCAGAUGGAUAUGUCGAUCUGUUCUUGAUUCACUCUCCUAGCGCUGGGCCAGAGAAGAGGAAGGAGCAAUGGCAAGCGUUGGAGUCCCUAGUUGAUCGCGGGAAGGCGAAGGACAUCGGGGUAUCAAAUUACGGGGUAAAACAUCUUACACAGAUGUCUGAGUAUUCCAAAAUCUCACCCGCGGUAAAUCAAAUUGAACUGCAUCCGUGGUGCCAGCAACCUGCAAUAGUUUCAUAUUGUCAAGCGUAUAACAUCGCUCUAGAAGCUUAUUCGCCUCUGGUACAAGGCACGAAGGCUUCUGACCCCGUUUUGUUGAGAAUUGCCAAAGAAACAGGAAAGAGUUGGGCACAAGUGCUUAUCAGAUGGAGUCUGCAGCGAGGGUUCAUACCAUUACCCAAAUCGGACACCAAGGACAGGAUCAUUGCCAACAGGGACGUUUUCGACUUUGAAUUGUCGGAGAGUCAAAUGCAGUCUCUGAACGAGCUAGACAAGGAUGAACACGUAUGCUUGAACCAUACAGAACUGCCUUAG